AGAUAGCAGAGGCAGAGUUCAAAUUUCUAGGGCGUUCUGGCUUAAAACAUUUUAGCUUAUGCACUGAUAGCUCCGCGAGAGUGACUAAUUUUCUAGGGUUUUUCUCUGUACUACUGCAACUGCAACGACAAAGAAGAAAAGAAAUACAAGCGUGAACAAGUUGUUUAGAGUUCAAAAAGGAAAAACAGAGAAUGGGGUUCUCAAUGCAGCCAUAUGGAAUACAAGGAAUGCUAAAAGAAGGACACAAACAUCUCUCCGGUCUCGACGAAGCUGUUCUCAAAAACAUCGAUGCUUGCAAACAGCUUUCCUCUAUCACUCGCACCUCUCUUGGCCCUAAUGGUAUGAAUAAGAUGGUUAUUAAUCAUUUGGACAAGCUUUUUGUCACCAAUGAUGCUGCUACUAUUGUUAAUGAACUCGAGGUUCAACAUCCUGCUGCUAAAAUUUUAGUCCUAGCUGGUAAGGCUCAGCAAGAGGAGAUUGGUGAUGGUGCUAAUUUGACUAUUUCUUUUGCUGGUGAGUUACUUCAAAAUGCCGAGGAGCUUAUCCGGAUGGGCUUGCAUCCCAGUGAGAUUAUCAGUGGUUACAACAAAGGCAUCAACAAGACGAUUGAAAUCUUGGAUGAACUGGUAGAGGAAGGUUCUGAAACAAUGGAUGUAAGAAAUAAGGAGCAGGUUAUUUUUCGGAUGAGGGCUGCUGUCGCCAGUAAGCAAUUUGGUCAAGAAGACAUUCUAUGCAAUCUUAUUUCUGACGCAUGCAUCCAAGUAUGUCCCAAGAACCCAGUAAACUUUAAUGUGGAUAAUGUUCGGGUAGCAAAGCUUGUUGGGGGAGGUCUGCAUAAUUCUACAAUUGUUCGUGGAAUGGUAUUGAAGAGCGACGCAGUUGGUACUAUAAAGAGAGUGGAGAAGGCAAAGGUUGCUGUAUUUGUUGGUGGUGUUGACACCUCAGCAACUGAAACCAAAGGGACUGUCCUAAUUCGCUCUGCCGAGCAGCUAGAGAAUUAUGCAAAAACUGAAGAAGCUAAAAUUGAGGAGCUCAUUAAAUCAGUUGCAGAUUCUGGUGUGAAAGUAAUUGUUAGUGGAGCAGCUGUUGGAGAAAUGGCACUGCAUUUUUGUGAACGCUACAAGCUGAUGGUUCUGAAGAUUAGCUCAAAGUUUGAAUUGAGAAGAUUUUGCCGCACCACUGGUGCUGUUGCUAUUUUGAAGCUUAGCCAACCAAACCCAGAUGACUUGGGAUAUAUAGAUUCUAUUUCAGUUGAGGAAAUUGGUGGUGUUAGGGUCACUGUUGUGAAGAAUGAAGAAGGUGGAAACUCUGUAUGCACUGUGGUUUUACGGGGAAGUACUGAAAGUAUACUAGAAGACCUUGAAAGAGCUAUAGAUGAUGGAGUGAACACCUAUAAGGCUAUGUGUAGGGACUGUCGUAUAAUUCCUGGAGCUGCAGCUACUGAAAUUGAGUUGGCUAGGAAACUAAAGGAAUUCUCAUUUAAAGAAACGGGUUUGGAUCAGUAUGCCAUUGCGAAAUUUGCUGAGAGCUUUGAGAUGGUACCUAAAACACUGGCUGAGAAUGCUGGUCUUAAUGCUAUGGAGAUCAUAUCAUCUCUGUAUGCUGAACAUGCAUCUGGAAAUAUCAAAGUGGGCAUUGACUUGGAUGGAGGUGUUUGUAAGGAUAUUUCAACCUUGAAUAUCUGGGACCUUUAUGUCACAAAGUAUUUUGCUCUCAAGUAUGCUGCUGAUGCUGCCAGCACUGUAUUGCGAGUGGAUCAGAUCAUAAUGGCAAAACCAGCAGGUGGUCCUAGGAGAGAUCAGCAGCCUGCAGGGGGUAUGGAUGAAGACUAGAUCUGCACAUGACGCAUCGGUCUUGUAUCAUUGUGGGCAGAACCUUAUACUUGAUUUGGCAUCUUUUUCUUUUCCUCUAGAUGCCAAGAAAUCCAGGCAUUAACAAUUUUGUUUACUGUUUAAGAAAUGUUAAGACCAUUGCUUUGUAUAUGCUACCCCCAAAUCCAACUUCAUGUGACGAUGAGUUGCGAUGGUGGUCUUUAAGUUGUCUCAGCGCUGUAGUUUCUACUGAAAGAUGCGUUUGCUCGAGUGGUUUAAGCCAGUUUUGGUGCUGGAUUAAUGAAAUUUGUUUUAGUGGUGCACUUGUAGUCUCGUGUAUGAAGAUGUUAUAAUGGUUUUAUGAUCUGCUGCUAUUUCAAGAUGUUUCGCUAUUUGAUGUA